ACCAAGGAAGCAUUAGAUAAUUAACAUAAUUGAAAUUUGAGUACUGCUAUGCUAUUGGGUUAUCUCAAACUUACCACUUAGAUGACCCUCUUGACGUGAUACAAAAGGGUGUUCAAAAACCAAAAAGAGGAAGACUGAAAUAUUAAGUUUCCUCUAUCACUUUGGUCUGUUUUAUUUUAUUUUUUCAAUAAUCCAUGUGGUAUCAUGGUACCACGUCAAGAGGAUCAUUUGAGUAAUAAGUUUAACAUGAUCAAAUAACAUUAUUAUUGAAUAUUGAUGGGCCUCUAUUUAAUAAGAUCGCUUUUAACAAGCUUGAAGGACAAAGUUGAGGUGCUUACCUGAGUUAGGGUCGGCUUAAAUAAGGCCCAAUUGACAUCACGAAAACAGAUCUAACAUAUGGGAUCAAAGCCCAUUUUCCCCACACUUACUUCUAGCAUCCUCGGUCACACUGCUCCCGACUCCGGUAGAGAACACAUCGCAGCUCAGAGUCAAAGUAACAAACAGAUGGUGUUCAUGUGGUCGUACCCACCCACGCCCAAGCAGCUAGCCGUGAGCGUCUGCUUCUUCGUAGCCGGCGCCUCGCUCUUUGCCGCUGGAGUCCACCUCUCCUUCGCCAACAUAGGACCUCAACAAGCCCGUGCUAAAGCCCGUAGCAAGUUCAUCAAAGACCGCCUCAGGAAGCUAGUCGACGACGACUAGCAUAUUUGAAAACCAAUCGCUUGGUAAAUAAUAAUUGUAUACUACAAUCAUUGUAACUCAAAAGCUUCGUACUCUUUUCUUUAUGUUUUGCUAUUACAAUGAUCUGGGCCUCAA